AUGGGACUAUUUAACAUAAUAGAGGAAAAGUUUCACAAUGACAAGAACAAUAAAAACAGAAUGAUGUCAACCAUCAACAACCAACAGAAGUUUGGCUUGCACACAGGUGACUCGCCUCGUAACCGCAUGAUGGACUCUAUAUCCAAUGAGCAGGGUGCAGCCAUAGUUGGGAAUCGAAAAGUUCCGGACCUGGAGUAUUCCAGCACAGUAAUCAACAAGAACUUGAUGACGCAUACCAUCUCAAACGAGCAGGCCGAUGACUUGGCAUGUGGUAUCGACAUCCACAGGGAUCAUUCCGCACCAAGGAACAAGUUACUAGACAUGAAGCCCAACGAAAGCUUUGGACGGAGCGAGCCUAAAUUUGCCUCUGGCUUGAACAGUGAUCGCCUUCUUUAA